GCUGUCCUGAAGACAGCAGAGACGCUGAGAGGGCUUUUCUUAGACAUCGCAUGCAGGCGGUUGGAAGGACUAAAGCAGCAGCUCCCUUGGAUUUGUUCACCAAGGAAAUCAGAGACAAUGGCUUGGCUCCUUUUCAGAACCACAGGGGCUCUGGCCAUUUUAAUGGUGGUCCUUUUGGUUCAUGGAGAAUUGAGAAUAGAGACAAAAGGACAACAUGGAGAAUAUGAGACAGCGGUACAAGGCAAAAGGAGAUACAAACGUGAAUGGGUGAAAUUUGCAAGACCCUGCAGAGAAGAAGAAGACAACUCAAAAAGAAAUCCAAUUGCCACAAUUACUUCAGACUUCAAAGCAACCCAGAAUAUUACCUACCACAUUUCUGGAAUAGGAGUGGAUCAGCCCCCUUUGGGAAUCUUCAUUAUUGACAAAUACACUGGAGAAAUUAACAUAACAGCCAUAGUUGAUCGUGAGGUAACCCCAAGCUUCCAAAUUACCUGUCGUGCUCUCAGUGUCCUGGGACAAGAUGUAGAGAAACCACUUAUACUAACAGUCAAAAUUUUAGAUAUAAAUGACAAUGCUCCAGUAUUCUCACAAAGUGUGCUCACGGGUGAAAUUGAAGAAAAUAGUGCUUCGAACUCACUGGUGAUGAUCCUAAAUGCCACAGAUGCAGAUGAGCCAAACCACUUGAACUCUAUAAUUGCCUUCAAAAUUAUCUCUCAGGAACCUGCAGGCACACCCAUGUUCCUCAUAAGCAGACACACCGGAGAAGUCCACACUUUGACCAGUUCACUUGAUCGAGAGCAAGUUAGCGAGUAUCAUCUGGUUGUGAGUGGUACAGACAAAGAUGGAGAAGGACUUGCGGCACAAUGUGAAUGUAGCAUUAAAGUGAAAGAUGUCAACGAUAAUAUCCCAAGCUUCACAGAACUGCAGUAUUCAGCAAGUAUCAAGGAAAACACUUUAAGUUCUGACUUGCUUCGAUUUCAAGUAAUAGAUUUGGAUGAAGAAUUCACAGAUAAUUGGCUUGCAGAGUAUUUCUUUACCUCUGGAAAUGAUGGGAACUGGUUUGAAAUACAAACUGAUCUCACAACUAAUGAAGGCAUCUUGAAGGUUGUUAAGUCUCUAGAUUAUGAAGAACUACAAACUUUGCAACUUGGUAUCGCCGUCAAAAACAAAGCUGAAUUUCACAAAUCAAUUAUCUCUCGAUACACAGUCCAGUCAACCUCACUCAUAAUCAAAGUAAUAAAUAUGAGGGAAGGAAUUGUAUUCCGUCCUGCUUCCAAGACAUUUACUGUCCAAAAAGGCAUAAGCGGUAAAAGCCUGAUCAGUUAUAUCGUGGGAUCAUAUCAAGCCAUUGAUGAAGACACUGGCAAAGCUGCCUUAUUUGUCAAAUACACCUUGAGACGUAAUGACGGUGGUUUGCUAACUAUUGAUUCAAACACUGCUCAAAUCAAAUUUGUCAAAAAUACUGUUCGGGAUGUUGCUGUCAUAGUUAACAAGACAAUCACAGCUGAGGUUCUGGCCACAGAUGAAAAAACAGGUGAAACUGCUACAGGCACCAUAUUUGUCCGACUACCUGAUUUUAAUGACAAGUGUCCAACAAUUGUCCUGAAAAAGAAAACAACCUGUAGUUCAUCACCCUCCGUGGUUGUCACAGCUAUAUUACUGGACAACGAUGACUAUACUGGCUCCUACACAUUUUCACAGGACAGUCGAACUAUAAAAAUGCCAGUGUGGACGAUCACAAAACUUGAUGACACCUCUGCAACCCUAACAACUCUGCAGCCAGUAUCUCCCGGUGUGUACAGAAUCUCCCUGGUCGUCACGGACGACAAGGGCACAUGGUGUAAGACCCCGGAGGACUUGACUCUGGAAGUCUGUCUGUGUGACGACAAUAACAUCUGUAAAACUUCACCCCCGACCACAACCCCUGAGCCCGUUAAAAAGCCGCCUGGGAGGCUGGGGCCUGCCGCCAUCGGCCUACUGUUCCUCGGUCUUUUGCUGCUGCUGUUGGCCCCCCUUCUGCUGUUGACCUGUUACUUUGGGACCGGUCCUAUCGGGGGAGUGUCGGGUGGAUUCAUGCCAGUGCCUGAUGGUUCAGAAGGAGCAAUUCGUCCGUGGGGAAUCGAAGGAGCCCAACCUGAAGACAAGGAAAUCGCAAAUAUCUAUGUGCCACCUAUAACUGCCAGUGGAGUUGAUUACAUGGAAAAUUCUGAAGUUUUUACAAAUACAUGCACUGGAGGGAUGGUGAUGGAAGGAGCUUCGGGAAUGGAAGUGACCACCAGCCUUGGAGCAGCUGCAGGAUCUGGAGCCGCUGCAGCAUUCGGAGCAGCCGCUGGACUUAGCAACUGUUCCGCAGGACGGUCCAGAACGAUGAGAACAAGGCAUUCCAUAGAAGGAACCAACAUGGACUAUGGUGAAGGGGCAAUAAACAUGAACUUCCUAGACUCCUACUUUUCUCAGAAAGCAUUUGCCUGUGCCGAGGAAGACGAUGGCCAGGAAGCAAACGAUUGCUUGCUGAUCUAUGAUAACGAAGGAAAAGGUGCCCCUGGUUCUCCCGUCGGCUCCCUGGGUUGUUGCAGUUUUAUUGCUGAUGAGUUUGAUGACAGCUGCUUGGACUCACUCAGUUCCAAAUUUAAAAAACUUGCAGAGAUAAGCCUUGGGAUGGAUGAUGAAGCCAAAAACUCUCAGCCACCCACCAAAGAGAGUGGUUCUGGGAUUGAAUCCCGUGGCCAAUCCGUACAAGUCCAGCAGUCAGAAUCUGUUAGGUACCAGAUUUUGCCAGGCAGCCAGGGAGCGUCUGCUGUGUCUGCUUCUGGCUCUGUCCUCCAGCCAGCCAUUUCCAUCCUUGACCCUUUGCAGCAUGGUAGCUAUUUGGUAAUGGAGACUAGCUCAGCUGCUGGUUCCUACGUGCAGCCUUCCACUGCAGUCUUUGAUCCACUUCUCACAUAAAAUGUAAUAGUGACGGAAAGAGUGAUUUGUCCCAUUUCCAGUGUUCCUGGCAACCUACAUGGUCUGGCAGAGCUACAAGGGUCAGGUCGUAAAAUCUGUACAGAAGAUCCUUGUUCCCUUCUGAUGUGACCAGAAUGAACCAGAAUUAUAUACUGGCCAAAUAUGGAUAUUUGAACCAAAUUAUUCAAAAUAGCAUAGCAAAUCUCACAGUAUUGGUCUGAUUUGGCACUUAUUUGCUACUCUUAUAAACUGAUCAUGAUUACAGUCUAAAUUGUGUAGUUUAUAUCCCCAAACUGGAUGUGUUGUCACUCUUACUUCUCAAAUACUAUUCAAGUCCUAGUAAAUCUUAAUGUUUUACAAAAAAAAUCUUGAGAUCAUAUUCAGUGGGAAAUUUUCCUAAUAAUUUUUAAACUUCAAAUGCCAUGUGUUUUAGUGGAUUAAGUGCUUGGAGUCAAGAGCCCCAGUUGUUGAAUCUUUCACCUUUUCUUAUAUCAUUAAUAAUGAUACGGUCAUAAGGUCUUUGCUAAAGCAUUUUGAGCUGCUUGGAAAAAAGGAAGUAGUUGCAGUUGAACUUUUGCUAUCUUCUUGGUGCUGGGAGACCCUGUGUACAUCUUUUGCUCAAGCUAAUGGUAUUGGUUUAUGCAUUAAACUCGCUGCAUCUAUAUUCCUUAUAUUCUCACAAUAAGACAAUUUUGAAAUAGAAGUAUCAUAGAAAACUUAGGAAAGUUUAGUAUGGUAUAAAUAUUUUGUGUUUUAUUAAAUCACCUUGAAAGGAUCUACCUAAAGAAAAUAUUUUACAUUAAGCUCCUCCCUACACACUUCUCAGUAACAGUAAUCCUGUGUUAAUAGUCUUUGAAAAUUACUCUUUAUUUUUUAAAUGUCAGUAGGUAGCUGUAACUUACAUAUCACUUAUAGUGAUGUUUAUCUUGUUAACUGUGUCUACAGACUUCAUGGGAACACAAAACAUGGCUUUUCUCAUAAGCAAAAGAGGCCUCUGACUAGCAUAACACAUAGUGAAAUUUGUGAAUGUGUAUUAUACACAGUGUUUCUGGUCAAAAAGCGAUACAGAAAGGAAGUAUCAGUAACUCUAUUUUAUUAAGUCUCACUCCUUUUAAAUUAAGCUGCUACCGCAAUUUAAUUCUUGAGAGUAACAAUGUUAGGUAAGCGAGGGCUUAAAAUAUGUCAUUUCAGGGGCAUUACCCUGAUGGCAACGCAGUUCUUCAAAUCAUUUCUGAUCAUUCAAGGUCUUCAGCCUUUAGCCCAUAGAGAGCACCCUACCUCUUAUCAACUUUUUUGUCUAAACUAAGUCUAUACAAGGUCAUCGUCUGGCUCUAUGCUCUAUUAUCUCUAAUUGUAUAUAAAAUAAUCCUUUCUGGCUUUUGCCAUAUUCAAAACCUGUAUUUGUUUUUUAGAUGGAAUGCAAAGUAAUAAAGUGUUUUGUUUUUUUUUUUAACCCAGAAGUGUACAGUCCUGAGGGUUCCUGGGGGGG